AUGGCGGCGUCGCUGGCCGAGUUCCACGCGUCCGGCGCCGGCGUCCGCGGCCUCGUCGAGUCCGGCGUCACCGCUGUGCCGCCACUCUUCCUCGCGCCAGGCACCACGCCGGCGGCGACGACGGCCGCGGCCUUCGCAAUCCCAAGCGUUGACCUCUCCCUCCCGCGCUCGGUCACGGUCCCGCUCGUCCGCGAAGCCGCCAGGUCGUGCGGCCUCCUCCGCGUCACCAACCACGGCGUCACUGCCGCCACCGUCGCCUCCGCCGUCGCCGCCGUGCGCGCGUUCCACGAGCAGCCCGUCGCGUCCCGCUCGGCGUGCUACUCGCUGGCCCCCGCGGGGGGCGUCGCCUACUCCACCAUCCCCAUCCAGCAGGCGUCGCUGCAAGAAUCCGGCGACCAACACCGCCACGCCGCCGCGGCGUCUCCUCUGCUGCCCUGGCGCGACUCGCUGGUGGUACGCUUCGGCCCGGGGCCGGCGCCGGACCUCGCCCGCCUCCCGGCGGCCUGCCGGGACGCGCUGCCGGAGUACCAGCGGUCGCUGACGGCGUUCGGGAAGGAGAUGGCCGGGCUGCUGUCGGAGGCGCUCGGCGUCGGCGCGGAGCGGCUGGAGCGGGCGAUGCAGGUGGAGGGGUGGCUCAUGGCGUGCCAUUACUACCCGCCGUGCCCGGAGCCGGAGCGGGUGGUCGGCACCCUGGAGCACACCGACCCCAGCCUCUUCACGGUCCUGGCGCAGGACGCCGUCGGCGGGCUGCAGGUCUGGCAUGAAGAAGGCGGCGGCGGAGGGUGGGUUGACGUGGCGCCGGUUGCCGGAACCCUUCUGGUCAACGUCGGGGACAUGCUCAAGGUGGUUUCAAACGACGAGUACAAGAGCGUGGAGCACAGAGUGGUGAUCAAGUCCAGCAAAGACGCCAGGGUCUCCAUCGCCGUCUUCUUCAACCCGGCCAAGCGCGACGCCUCCGACGUGUUUGGGCCCCUCCCGGAGCUCCUCGCCGCGGGGAGGCCGGCACGGUACCGGUGCUUCUCCGUGCCGGAGUUCAUCCGCUCCCGCCGGGAAUCCGGCCAUGGAAGAUCGUCGCUCGAUUUGUUCAAGAUCGCUGCAGAUCAACGGCAAAUGGAAUGAGCUAGCAGGUGGCAGGCAAAGUGCAAACACUCAUGGGACGACGACGACAAGUUUUUUCUUGAUGCCCGGUUAAUUUUCCUCGCGAAAGUUUGGAUUUGUUGCCGGUUUGGAUGUGUUUUUUGGUUUCGACGCACGCUGAGUGGAGAUAGGUUUUAUGGAUUUGGAUGUGCAGCAGGUUGUAUAUUAAUUGGGUUUUAGCUUGAUAUAUAGGCCUCCUACGUAUGUAUGUGUGAGCUCAUGGACUGGACAAAGGUUUGCACCACUUGUGUUUUGGUUGGAGAAUCCUAUCGAGUAUAAGAAAUAAGGGUUGGUGAUUAAC